CGAAGCGCCACAGGUCUACUUUUCAUAUUCCCGUAGAUAAAGAACGAGAGUCGGCUUCCCUUACAGAAUUUGUCAUUGACGGUUUUUCACUAUGUCGAAUAAUACAAUUGGUGACUACAAUUCCAAAGGGUAAUUGAUCUUCUCUCUGUCUUCUUGUGUGCUUCCUCUAUUUUGUUUUCUUUCACAUUGUGUUUUUACUUUUCCCGGCUAAAGGUCUGCCUGUUUUGCUAGACCUAGUCUCCGAAUCAUCAUAAUUAUUAUCAUUUCUUUAUAAAUUUAGCAAGAAAGACACAAACAACUAGGAUUUGUGGGCUUAGCUCUGGAAGUGGAAAGGAUGGGUCCAAUAGAGGAUUUGUCUUUUGUCUUUUUCUUUCUAAACACAACAUUGUCAUGUGCUCAAGGAAAAGAAAAUGACUCAAAUGAAAUCCAUACCGGUGGCCGGUGAGGCACAUGCAAGACACAUAAUAUAUCAAGAAGCAGGUUGUCUUUAGUUUAAGCCCUACUGAAAAAUGCUACAACCUGUUGAUGAGGACUAGGCCAUCGAAUAUGCCGAAAAUUCCAUGUGGCAAAAUCCAAAUGGAUCAGAAAACAAUAAGAUGAGGAUACCUUCACGACACAAGAAAGUGGCAGUUCUAAUGAUUUGACAACAGAUCGGACAUUCCAACGAUUCUUGUGCAAGGCAUUGCCGCACCCCUCUUGGCUUUUAUGUAUAACCCAAACAAACAUGUUAAUGAGAAGAAAAGAUGAUCAGCCAGAAAAUAUCACCAUCAACAAGCAGCCCAAGGAAGAACUCAAAAACACUUCAUGACCUGUUUGUGCAGGAGAAUCCUCACUUCACUGUCCCAUCUUCUUCCCCAACUUCAGGAAAUGAAGAACUUUUCUCCACUAUUUCUUAUUGCACCUUUGUUUUCACCUUCACUGACCCUUCAGAAUCUCCUGCACAAAGAGACUCAAAGAGGCUUCAACUCACACGGCUAGUCUCUAUAUUGAAGUCCGCAAAGAAGCCAGUGCAUGAAAAAGUUUUGCGGCCUCUAGUGGCCAUGAUCUCAGCCAACCUCUUCAGGCCACUCCCUCCACCUUCCAACCCUUCUACCAUCUCAGACAUGCCUGAAGAAGAAGACCCCAUUUCAACAUUUUCACCCCUAUGGUCGCAUCUCCAAAUAGUUUACGAUAUUCUUCUCAAGCUUGUUAACAGCAUGGACCAAAAGAUACUGAGAGAGUGCAUAGAUCAUUCUUUCCUCCGCAAUCUCGUAGCACUUUUCCAGUCUGAGGAUCCAAGGGAACGUGAGAGUUUGAAAAAUGUGUACCACAAGAUAUAUUCCAAGUUCAUUUCUGAUCGCUGCUUCAUGAGGAAAUCUAUGACCGAGGUGCUGUUGAACUAUGUGUUUGAGACAGAGAAGCAUCCGGGUAUUGCGGACUUGCUUGAGAUAUGGGGUACCAUAAUCAAUGGCUUUACCGUGCCACUCAAGGAAGAGCACAAGUUGUUCCUCAUGAGAGUGCUCAUUCCUCUACACAAGACCAAAGGGAUGCAAGUGUACCAUAGGCAAUUGGCUUACUGCGUGUCACAGUUUGUGCAGAAGGAGCCUAUGCUUGGAGGAGUUGUUGUUAGAGGGAUUUUGAGGUAUUGGCCUGUCACAAACUGUCAAAAAGAAAUCUUGCUAAUUGGGGAGUUGGAAGAUCUAGUGGAGAAUUUAGACCCUGACCAGUAUCGUAAGUUGGCCUUGCCCUUAUGUACACAGAUAACCAAAUGCAUAAACAGUUGGAAUUCCCAGGUAGCCGAGCGUGCACUCUAUGUAUGGAACAACGAGCAGUUCGUAAAAAUGGCAUUAAUAGGAACGGUGGAAGUGUUUACUGUCAUUGUGGAAGGCAUGGAAAAGAACCUGAAGUGGCAUUGGAGCAAGAGCGUCAGGCAACUAACAGAAAGUGUGAAGGUGAUGCUGGAAGAAAUGGAUCCAGAUCUGUAUUCCAAGGGUCUCAUGGACAAGGAAGCUAAAGAAUCAAUGGCACAUCAAGAAGAUAUCAAGAGAAAAAAGUUAUGGGAAAGAAUAGAAAUGGAAGCUGCUAAGAAUCAGUUUCUUUAUCCACAACGUUAUAUACGUGUUUCAAACUGAACAUUAAUGUAUGCAAAUUUGUGCUGGCAAUAAUAAUUGCAAGAUCAUAUUUGUUCAAAAGUU